AUGUCAGAAACUUCCCCGACCAGCCGUGCCGAUGAGGUGCAAAGCCUCUUGAAAGCCGUCGAGGACCUCCUCAUUCCCUUCAUUCGAGCUGCCGACGAACCGACAUCUGCUGUGCAAAAGAACGGCGCCAGUGCCACCAAUGGAGCCAACGGACAUGCGCAAGGGACAUCGCUGGUUGAAUACAGAAAGCCGGGGGAACUCCGAGACAUCCUGAAGCUCGAGAUCCCGGAACAAGGCCGACGACAGGACGGUCUGAUCGAAGUGCUGCAGAAGGUCCUGCGAUACUCCGUCAACACAUGGCACCAGGGAUUCAUGGACAAGCUCUAUGCCUCGACUAAUGCUCCCGGUGUCGCUGCCGAGCUAAUUCUUGCAACCCUGAACACCAACGUACACGUCUACCAGGUCUCCCCUGCCCUGACCGUCAUUGAAAAAUAUACCGGCCAGCGACUGGCAAAUCUCUUCGGAUUGAACGGACCUCGAGCAGGCGGAAUCUCUGUACAGGGUGGCUCAGCUUCUAACACCACGUCCAUUGUGAUUGCGCGGAACAACCUCUACCCCAGCACCAAGGAAAACGGGAACGAUGGCUACAAGUUUGUGCUCUUCACCAGUGCUCAUGGCCACUAUAGCGUCGAGAAAGCUGCGCAGAUGCUCGGAUUUGGCAGCCGCGCCGUUUGGACUGUGCCGAUUAACAAGCAAGGCCGCUUGAUUCCAGCUGAGUUGGAGAAAUUGGUUCAAAAGGCUCAAAGUGAGGGACGGACUCCAUUCUACGUCAACGCCACUGCUGGAACAACCGUGAUGGGAUCAUUUGAUCCCUUCGAGGAGAUCGCGGCGAUUUGCAAGAGAUACAAUCUCUGGUUCCACAUUGACGGAUCUUGGGGUGGCUCCUUUGUAUUCUCCCAGCGACAGAAACAUAAGCUCACUGGCUCAGAGAAGGCAAACAGUAUUGCGAUCAACCCUCACAAGAUGCUUGGUGUCCCUGUGACAUGCUCGUUCUUGUUGGCAUCCGAUAUGCGCCAGUUCCACCGAGCGAACACAUUGCCCGCAGGCUACCUCUUCCACAAUGAGGAUACGGAAGCUGCAGCGAAUGGCAAUGGACACGAGACGGAGUUGGAGACCGACUCGCCUGAAGUGUGGGAUCUGGCUGACCUUACAUUGCAAUGUGGUCGUCGUGCCGAUUCUUUGAAACUGUUUUUGGGCUGGACAUAUUACGGGACUGAGGGCUACGAGCAGCAGAUCGACAAUGCUUGCGAUGUUGCCGCUUAUUUGGCAACCCUCGUUUCGCAAAGCCCGAAUUUCAUCCUCGUUAGCGAGAAUGCGCCGCCCUGCUUGCAGGUCUGCUUCUACUAUGCCCCUGGCAGGGAGUUCGUUUACCCCCGGGGCAUCGUUUCGAACGAGGAGCAGCGUGGUAAGAAUAACAGCAAGGUGACUGAGCAGAUCACGCAUGCUAUCGUCCCCAGAGGCUUCAUGGUGGACUUUGCGCCUCCCAGCGGGGACGAAGAUGCAGUUGGCAACGGCAAGUUCUUCCGAUGUGUAGUCAACGUCCUGACGAGCAAGGAGACGGUUGAAUCUCUUGUGCGUGCCAUCGAGAAGGUUGGGCCUGCCAUUGCGGAAUCGUUGAAAUCGACUACGCCUGUCGUACCGCUGAAGCGACUGGCUGAGCAUGGCCACGGCCCUGUUGUUCAUAAUCCUUGA